AUGCAUUUCACUCAACUCCUUACCCUCGCAGCCGGCGCCACACUGGCAGCCGCCGCUCCUGCUGCAGUCCCUGAUGCUCAUCCUGCCCCCUUUGCUGUUGCAGCCGACGACAUUGUGCUCCACGGCAACGGUCGCAUCCAAGUCAUGAAGCGCUCAGAGUUUGAAGAGCGAUUCCCCAUCAAGGACUUUCCAGUUGGAACGCCAAACCAGUUCGAACCCAACCUCAUCACCUACACUGGCGAAGAGCUUGCGAAUAUGACCAGGCCUCCUUUGUCGAAACGUGACGUCUCCAUCGUUCUUCCUGGAAAGACGACCACGUUCACUGGCUGGGAUGUCCAAGUCAGCCAGAUCGUAAAGGGUGGAAUUGGCACAAAGAUCACUGUAGCGGCUGGCUACAGUAUUAGUAACAGCAUUGCAGUUACUGCGGGCAUUGAUGUCACCCUUAUCGAAGAUUUCCUCAAGACAUCAAUGUCUAUCACCCAAACAUGGCAGACUACCAACAGUCUAACAGCAACCUUCUUCACCGAUGUGCCAGAGGGCAAGUACGGUGCCUGGGUCUACCGACCUCUCACCAAGCGCAUCACCGGUGGCGUGUGGAGUGGCAAGAUGGGAGACACAGGAUCUGUGAAGACAUGGCAGGCGGACUCGUUCACGACCAAGAUGUACCAGGACAUGGCCUGGGUCGAUGGUUACUUUGCGGCAUGCUUCCAGGACACCUUCCCUAUGCCCAGGUGCCAGGGAGGAGGUACCCUCUAA